AUGGCGCUUGAAGUAAAGACGACGAAAAAGGACCCCCGAGCCUGGGAUGCCUUGACACCUCCCUUGGCGGAAUGGAUACUGGAUGCCGUUUCAAGCAUGGGCUUUGCCCGGGCAACUCCCGUUCAGGCCAGUGUAUGGCCUCUUUUUGGAGGAGGAAAUAAAGAUGUAGUUGUAGAGGCAGUUACCGGUAGCGGAAAAACUCUUUCAUUCCUCCUCCCUCUUGUUCAUAGGAUCUUGCGACAGGACGAACCUACGAAACGACAUCAUGUAGCAGCUAUUAUUGUUGCACCCACCAAAGAGCUUGCAGGUCAGAUUCAUGGUACUCUAACAUCGCUCGUCGCCUUCCAUCCUCAAUCUUCCGAACUCCUACCUCAUCUCACUGGCGAGGAAAAGCGUUUAGAUACAAGUUCGCCUGUUAUCAUCCCUCAACUCCUCUCCGGCGGCAGCACUACGACUCCCGCUCAAGAUCUUAGCUUUUUCCUUCGCGCGUCACCAAACGUCAUAAUAUCAACUCCCGGUCGACUAGUAGAACUUCUCUCUUCCCCUCACGUGCACUGCCCGCAGUCAUCCUUCGAACUUCUAAUCCUAGACGAGGCGGACAGACUUCUUGAUCUGGGGUUUAAGGCAGAUUUACAGAAGAUCCUCUCGCGACUACCGAAACAAAGGAGGACAGGUCUCUUCAGCGCUAGUGUUAGUGAGGCUGUAGGUGAAAUAAUCAGAGUUGGUCUACGAAAUCCUGUCAAGGUUGCAGUUAAAGUGAAGAGUUUAAAAACGGGUGGAAUUAUUGAAGAACGACGAACACCUGCGAGUCUUCAGAUGAGCUACCUAACUACACCCGCCAGCCAUAAAUUACCAAGUCUCGUCCAGCUCCUAGAGAAACUAGACCCCCGACCACAGAAAAGUAUAGUAUUUCUUUCUACAUGCGCUGCCGUCGAUUACUUUACGCACCUUCUCCCUACUCUACUUCCCGACGGCUUCGAUUUGGUUUCUCUUCACGGAAAAUAUGAAGCUAAGGUGCGCGAGAAGAAUUUCGCCAAGUUUCUCAAUGCCGCACAGCCUUCGGUCCUCCUCACCACUGAUGUAGCUGCUCGAGGCCUCGACUUCCCGCAGGUCGACCUCGUCGUACAGAUCGACCCGCCCUCGGACCCGAAAUCAUUUCUACAUCGGUGCGGUCGUGCUGGCCGUGCGGGGCGCCGAGGUCUCAGUGUCAUCCUCCUACAGCCGGCAGAGUUGGACUACGUACCAUUCUUGGAAGUGCGGAAGACGCCUAUUAUGCCACUUGCCUAUCCAUUAAUCUCAGUACACGAUGCUGAUGUCGACACGACUACCUCACGGAUUCGCGAAACAGUAAAACGCGAUCGCGCACUGCAUGAUAAGGCGCAGAAGGCAUUUGUUAGCUGGCUUCGUAGUUACAGCAAACAUACUGCAAGUUCUAUCUUCCGCAUCGCAGACCUGGACUGGACAGACCUAGGACACGCAUGGGGGCUGUUGCGACUGCCAAAAAUGCCAGAACUACGGAAAUUCGAAGGAGACAAAUUUCUGGGGGUAAAAAUGGACUGGAACGCCUAUGCAUAUGCUAAAAAGGAUCGCGAGAAGCAGCGCCUAGAGAUAUUACAAAAGAUGGCUGAGGAAGCGGCCGAAGGUAACUUAAAGAAGUCGGCUGAGGGGCAGAAAGAGCGGCGCAAGCGCAAUACCGAGGCCUGGAGCGGAAAACACGAGAAGGAAGAUGAACGGGUUGAGCGUCGCGAUAAGAAAAGACGCAAACGCGAGGCGGAGCGGCGACAGACGCUUACCGAGGAGGAAAAAACAAAGGAGAUGGAUCUCGAGCGUUUGCUUAAGGAGGUGCGGAGACGGAAUAAGGAGAAGUUGGCUGCUGAGAGUGGUGGUACUACGGCACAAGGAGGCGCCGUUGGUACUGGGAAUGGUGAUAAUGAUGAAUUUGAGGGCUUUGACUAA